AUGUCUGAGUCCAAAGUUAAACUUCUAAUAGAAGACAUUGUUUGUGUGUUAACAAAGUCUGAAGGAUCAGACGACAUUUUGUUGACCAGUGCCAUUCCAAGCGACUUUUAUGUUGACGAUCCGUCAUUAGUAGUGUCUCUAUACGCGUCAUAUCGUGAAGAGCACCCAGAUGUCAAGUUGAUCAGCAUCAACGAGAAGUUCCAACAAGGUAGGUACACAUCAAUCUACCAACUUUAUCAUGAUCUCAAAAUCGCCGGUAGCAGUUUGAUUUCCAAGUACCAAGUUGGUUCUGCUGCAUAUAACAAUGUUGAUUUCACCUUUAAGUUUGCCACAGAACUUCUUUUACGGGAAUCAUCAAGAUUAUCUAUUCAGCUUGAAGAAGCUGUUAAGACAGAAGGAGAUGAGACCGAACUUGAAGCUCAAUUGUUUGAAGAUUAUAAUAAAACUUCUCGUGAUUAUACGGUUUCAAAUGGAGAAAUCGUCACUUUUUUACUGCAAACAGAGAUUCCACCACCACCAUCUAUGUCUUCAAUUUAUGCCCAACAACCCCAAUCACCACAAAAGAAGAUCCAACCUCUUUUCACGUCAUUAACCGGGAAAUCCGUGUUGGAUUCAAGAGAAACAGUGGUUAGAGAUCCUUAUCAAAUCUCUAGUGUAGUUCCCAAUAUGUUGAGCACAGUUAGACAAUCUUCAAAUUUAGAUUCUAUAUCACCAGCUAUUUCCCGCAUAUCUCCCCCUACGACUCAACCAACUACCAUAUUGAAGAACUACUUUCAUCCUAAUUGGUAUACUAUUAACGUCCCCACGUGGUUAACUUAUAAGAGUAAGGUAAUGAAACCCCCAAUAGUGUCUACCUUACUUAAAAGUGAACUUAAUCAACAAUUGAGAUUUGCAUCUAAGUCAGAUGAAUCUCUUCGAUCAAUUGCACCUUCUGUGGAUCUGAAAAAGGGUACCGUUGACUCAUCUUUGAAGGGAAGUGUUUGGUUGCAACAUUUAGGGUAUGCUGAAUUAAAGAAGAUAAAGGAUGACUAUUUGAAGAGAUCAAAUGCUGUAAAAUUGGAAUCUGAUAAUGCUAAUGCUAAUAAUAACAAUGAUAAAAACUCCACCUCUAAUGCUAAUGAAGAAGAAAAGGCAACAAUAAUUGAAGAGUCUAUAGACGAAGAAAAUGAUAUUGUUGAUUAUAAAGAUGACGAUAAGAUUAACGUUGCUAACAUACUUCGUUGGGAUCCUGCUCAGAUUGACCUUUUCAAUUCAAUAGAAGCCGAUAGAAUUGUUCUAACAUCAUCUGCUGGUAAGAUUCAAAGAUUAAUUUCUCAAUCGAUUAUACGAUUAAACAAAUUAAGACAAGAAAGAUAUUCUGAAAGUAAUGCUCAAACCAUUGUUCCGCCUUCCAAUCUGGAAAUAAAGUUAUAUCAGAAGGUAACCAAGUUAAUUGCGUUAGUUACUGAAAGUGUUCCGCUUUCUAAACUAAAUGGUGGAUUAUCCAAACGAAUUGCUGUUUUGAAAACAGAGUAUAAUGGUGUUUUACCUGGUCCUCCUCCUACAGUGUCAGCUGUGCCAUCUAAACCUACAAGAUAUGGUACUACUAGAGGUCCAUACAAGAAGAAGAACAAGGGCAAUUAG